AUGUUUUCCCGGCUGCUUGAACCUCGCCCCAAGGGGUAUAAUCCGCCAACUGCUGGGAGCCCGCCAGACGUUGAACAGGGAGUUAGUGAUCAAGAACAAGACGAGGAAGCAAAAGAUGAUAAUCUGGUCACUUGGUCUGGACCAGACGACCCUGCCAAUCCUCUGAAUUGGUGUCGACGUAGAAAAUGGGUCUGCACAAUGAUCAUUGCCCUAUUUGCUUUUGUUUCUCCUGUUUCUUCGACCAUGUUAGCGCCUGCCCUGUCAGAUAUUUCCAGGGAAUUUCGUAUCACAAGUUCCAUGGAACAGGCAUUGGUUAUGUCAAUAUUUCUUCUUGCAUAUGCCAUAGGCCCAUUUCUUCUGGGGCCUCUCUCCGAGAUCUUUGGCCGUGUUGUUGUUUUACAGUGUGCAAAUACAAUAUAUUUGAUAUUCAACACGCUAUGUGGGUUUGCAAGUUCCAAGUCACAAAUCCUUGCCUUCAGGUUUUUAAGUGGUUUAGGUGGAAGUGCUCCGCAGACGUUGAACGGAGGUAUGCUAAGUGAUUGCUGGCGUAAGGAGGAACGUGGUAAAGCGAUUGCGAUAUAUAGCUUUGCGCCGUUCAUUGGACCUGUGAUAGGCCCCAUUGCUGGUGGGUACAUUGCGCAGUACACCACAUGGCGAUGGAUUUUCUGGUCGUCAUCUAUUUUCGAUGCCGGUAUCCAGAUUCUUUCAUUAAUCUUCCUUUCCGAGACCUAUGCUCCCAAAAUCUUGCAUGACAAGGCGAAAAAAUUGCGCAAGGAGACUGGAAAUCAAGACCUCCAUACAGAAUAUGAAACUCCAGAUCGAACGUUUUUACAAAUCCUACGCAAGAAUCUAGUAAGGCCGUUUAUCAUGCUGUUUACUCAGCCAGUGAUUCAGGUCCUUGGUCUCUACCGAGCAUAUCUAUAUGGUUUGAUGUAUCUUGUGUAA